GAUCGGAUGGUUGCCAGCGAGGCGCAGCCAAAGGGAACGGAUUGGUGGAUGAUCUCGGCUAGACGGAUCUCGUAUCUCGGUGGUGCUCCCGCCAACGGAUUGCGCCAGUUUCGCUUGCAACGCGUUGAGUGAAACAUAGUCGAGUGUGUUGAUCGAGAAAUAAGCCCGAUUUGGUCGCGUGUUGACCACGAGAAUAGGUCAACAACAGAAGUCUUACGGCCACGCCCACAAGAUGAUGACAGCCAGGCAGCAGGGGGAUUGGCAGGCGGGAUCGGAAUUGGGAUUGGAAUUGCAGAAGAGAAAAGAAGAGGAGAAUCGUACGACAUCAAUGUCGCAGGCAGCAGCUAAUAAUAAUCAUAAUUCGCAGCAGCUUGUUGUUGAUGGCAUCGUAAAUCAGGGCAGUGAGUCAGCCGUGUUUUGUUGUGUACCGAAAGCGGCGCCGGAAGUGCUCGGAAUGGCAGGACAAUUUCCGGUUGGCCAAGGCAGCACUUGGCGCGGCAGCUUCCCCGCGAUGAAUCACUCGUUGCAGCAUAGGAGCAUGGCAAUAUGUCAGUCAUAUACGCAACCUUUGAGGGCAGAAAAAUUUCCCAUGCAUCUAAAUUUAAGGCUAAACGAGGGAUUUCCUUUAUAUAUUUAUCAGGAAGAAGUCUUAACUGAAACACAACUAAAUUUACCACAUCAAGUAUACGCCCCCUACACAGCAAGCUUUCCCCUACAACAAGUAUACGCCCCGUGGCAGCAAAACUUUCCCCAACUAAUGCAAUUGCCGCGAAAAUAUUCCGAUGGCUCGUUCCCAGAAAUCAGCACCACUAUGACCCGCCGUGGGCAGGUGGCCACCAGCUCACCCGUCGAGCAGGCUCCCCAGGAAUUUCCCAUAAUUAAAAAACAAUUUGUUAGCUUUCCCAAUUAUCGAGCAAUGCUUUCUCAAGAUGGGCCGGAAUAUCACCCGCCCGCCGCAGCCACAACAACAAUGACGCAGCUGCCGGGCCUCGGCAAAGUCACCAAAAUAGAAGAUGGUGUACAUAAGGUGGUGCUGCUACUACCGACGGUUGAUAAUGAACUCGAGGCCGUACAUGCGGUAGAAGCAUUAAACUUGAACGUGGCAAGGGAAAUCGAGCAUCAACAGGCGGAAAAUCUUAAUGACGCCUUCGGCCAAAGGCGACACGACCACAAAAACGACGACGCCAUGGAUGGGGCCAAAAAUAAACGCCGAAAUAGCGAAAUAUGUGAGCAAAGCAAAUUAAAGAAGGCCGCCGAAGAAGAUCAUAAUGAGGCAAAUAUGAGAGAUCGCAGCGGCGGCGAGCAGCAGUCAAUAUGUUUGGCCAGGGAGCAGACAAUAGAUGGGAAUCAGUACCAGAAUCGAAAUAGCAACCACCAGCAGUCCGGCGAUCUCUCAGACGCCUGCGAAUCGUCGCCAGAGCAAGUGGACGUACAACUCGGACGGCAACUGACCCGCGAGCGGAAUCCGCCACCGAAUCGAACCCUGCCAAAUAUAGAAUUACUAAAGAGUUCCGUGCGCGCCUUUCUCGCUGAGUACUCUUCGCCGCGAUUAAAGCUCAAUCGGGACUGGGAAUCGGAUUGGGAUUGGGACUGGGAGUUGCUUGACCUUUUGACCCAAAGCAUCGAACUCAUUUGUGGACAAGCGGAUACGGGUAACCUUUGGAGCGAGGCGGCCGUCGUCGGAGCGGACAUGACCGUGAGCAAAGUCAGCGAGGAGCGGGAGACAGAAUCGGUUGAGGUUUAUCCCGAGCAACUCGAUCAGCCUUCGGAAUUGGAUGAUAAAAACAAUAAUAGUGGCAACAUAGAGGCAUCAUCAUUACCAACUAACGACAUGAAGUACGAAAUGAAGAGUGCCAGGAGUAGCAGUAGAAGUCCGCAAAUAGUGUCGCCAGUUAGCAGAAUAAGUAGUAGUGCCACCAGUCGUAUACGUAAUGUGGAGGCAAGUGUGCCCACCACAACUGCAACUACCACACGUGCCCCUCUGCUGGGGGAAAUAAAGCGCAGCUCCAUCACCAGUCGCGAUACCAUCUCCUCCUCCAUCGAUGCGGACUCAGUGCUGCCCGAAAGGACGCGUUUGCGUCGCCAGCGACGUGUUCGUUCGCAGGAUUCCGUGGAGGAGAAGCCGGAGGAUGUGAUUGAGCGGUUGAAUAAGCUUAAGGCACGGAUUUCCGGAGCCCUAAGCGAAGUUAAGGGUGUGCUCAAGCAGUAUAGCACGGAGAGCGAGGCGGAAUCGGCGACGGAGCAGUCACAGGUGGGUUCAGAUGGAGGAGCAGGUGACCCAGCUCCCGUGUCCUUUCGCUUUGUGAAGAAGGUGCGACGUCGCAGCUACUUCGAUGAGGCCGAGGAGGAAAAGGAGCAGGCUGGAGAGGAGCAGGAGCAUGAAAAUCAAACAAAUAAAACGGAACCCUCUAGAGAAGACAAAAAGGAGCAGGAUGCCCUAAAAACUAGUAAAGAUACCAAGGUUCAAAGAGAGCAGACACCCUUUGCUAGAGAAAAACUAGAGUUUACUGAAAGUCAGAACAACGAAGUCAAUGAAAAGCAGGCAGGCAAUGAAAACCAAAAACCAAUAAUUAAGAAAAACUUGAGUCAACAGAGGUUAUUGAAAAAUUAGACCACAAAAAAUCAAGAUCUUAAAAGUACUAAAAACCAAUAUACAAAAAAGCUUGAAGAUCAGGAUAAAGUAGAUGGUGCCAAACUGGUUAAAGAGCAGGAUAUAACUAGUAAGCAUUCAAAAAAUCUAAAGAUUCCUGAAAACGCUGUAGAAGCAGACAAACAAGAUGAGAAAAUUAAUAUCCAUGCUAUUAAAACCCAUACCAAGGAGCAUAAGGAUAUAAAAACCGAAGAGGCGGCCUCAGAAACACCAAAAAUAAAUGGUGAGCUACCAAACACAGCCGAACAAAUCAAACAACCUGCGAAAAAUAAAACCCAGGCCAAAAUUGAGUUCCUAGCCAAGGUUCAGAGUGAACUUAAAUCGAAAUCUGUAAAGGAAAAAACACUCCAAGAGGAAUCUUCCAAGGAGGCAACUAUUAGGGAAGAAACUAAAAAGGAAACAACUGUCAAUGAGGUAAAUCCCCAAGAGAACACUACCAAGGAUGCAAUUCCGAAAGAAACAACUCCGAAAAAAGCUAGUCCCAACGAAGCAACCCUUAAGGAAGCAACUCCUAAUGAUGCAAAUCUCAAAGAAGCAAGAAUAGCUUCCGAAGAAGAAACUCCAAAGGAAUCAACAGCCAAUGAACCUACAGAAGAAGCCCCAAGUAAACAAUCAGUGUCCCUGCCAGAUGAGUCAACCGAGUCGACCCAACCACCGUCCAAGAUCAAGAAGAAAGUCAUCGUGAAGGUGAAGAACCCCAGACGUGCCUCGAUCGCCGCCGUGGAACCAUCCAAGAUCAAGGUGGAGCCGGCCGUCGAGCAGACCGAUGCUCUCAUCACUCAGCGACGACCCUCCGACUCGGAGGCGAUUGUCAAGCGCAAGAAGAAGCUGAAAUUAAUGGGCACAGGCACAGACACAGCAGCAACUUUAGUAUCCACAGCUAAAUCUGAGUCCCCAAGAGCAACAUCAUCGACAACAAAAGCUGUUGACGACCAUCAGAGGGAGACGACUUCGAUAGCCGAGGAACAAUUGGCUACGCCAGAGGUCACAGCGGUGCCAGCCAAGUUGCCCACUGCCAAAAGUGGCCAAGGAGAAGCGAUAGCAAUUGUAAAGGCAACUGCAGCAGCAACAGCAGAAGCAGAAGCAACCUCAGCAGCGACAACAGCAAUCGAUUCCGAUACGGCAAUUAACAAUCUAGCGCCAGCAGGCGAUCGAAUCAGACGCACCAGCCUGAAACUAGCGGAAUUGGUGGGUGAAACGGUGCUGGUGGUGCCGGCAGCAGCAGCAGCAGCAACAGCAGCAGCAGCAGCAGCAACAGCAGCAGCAGCAGCAGCAGCAGCAGUAGCAACACCAGGCCCAAAAGAGUCCAAAGAAGCCAUCAAACAAGUGGCCAUCGCCGCUGACAUUGUGCCACAAAUAGCGGCAGUAGCGGCAACAGCGACAUUGAAUCACGAAGAGUCAUCAUCAUCAACGCCAGAGCAGCAGCCAACGCCAGUAGAAGCUACAAAAGCCGGAGAACAGGCGCCGCCCGGCGACAGUCUAGCCAGCAUGCCGGAGCUGAAAGUACUAGCCGGACCGGUGCAGCCCGUCAAAAUCGAGACGGUCGAGCAGCCGCAUGAUGUGGCCAAAAACCAAGAGCCCCUGGUCAAGAAGAAGGCACCUGUGCAUCUCAAGAAGUUGGUGCGCAAGAAUUCCAUCGACAAGGAUCCGCAGGAGAAGCAGAAGCAGGAGAAGCAGGACUCCAGCAAGCUGAGCAACAUACUGCGCGACAGGAACAAGAUCAAUGAGCUGUCUUCUAGGAUCAACAAGUUAACGCCGCCGAAGAAGCAGGCUAAGCCAGCCAAAGAGGAGGGAAAUAAGGCAGCCGUAGCAGAUCGUAAGCCAGAAGACGAAGUAGCUGCUCCCUUGGAGGAGGCACCAACCGAAAACCAAGCUGAUGAGGAAGUCAGUGAGGAACCCGAGGUUGAACCCACGCCGGAGCCCAAGAAACCGCGCAAGAUCAAAAAGAAAGUGAUCAUCAAGCGGCAGAAGCGACGCCUCUCCAUCGGCGACACAUUCUUCCUGCAGCCGGAGCCCGAGGAGCCCACCAUUCCCGAGGUGGAGACCAUUGAGCGGGCGAUUGCCUAUGUAACGGAUGACGAGGAGGACACUGUGGCGCCCGAACAGGAACCGGAGCCCAUCAAAGCGCCCCUCAAAUCCUGCCUGCAUGUGAGGGAAUACAAAAUAGGGGACCUAGUGCUCUACGCAGAACGCUAUCGCAAGACCCAGGUGCGUUGGAAACGUGGUCGAGUGCUUGAGAGGAUCACCAGCAUUUCGUAUAAGCUGGAAAUCGAAGGCAAGGAGGUGCCCGCCCAUGUCAGCUACAUCAAGAAGUACACUGGGCGAAAGGUGCGUUUUGGGGGCAAGGAGUACCUCGAAAUCGACUAUGAACAGGUGGCCGAGGAGGAGCGCAGGGCGGCCAGCUACAGCAUAUGGAACAUGGUGUAGACACUAUCUGAUGUAUACCCACCAUAUAUACCCCACCAGUGUGGUGUCCAGUGUGUCCGGCCAACUUUGAGUGGAAUUAAAAAAUUGUGCAAAUUUUUUAAGGAUCUCAAUCUCGACAUUCAGUUAUGUUAUAGUGAUUCGUCCUAGUCAAGUGUAUCAUAAAUAUAUAUAUAUAUAUAUAUAGAGUAGUUUAGUGUUAUCCUAGUGUUUAGUGUAACUUAUUCCAGGCCUUUCGUUUACAUCUUAAGUAUAGUACUCUGUAUGUGUAAUUAUAAACAAGCUAUUUAAUGUUAAAUAAAGCGGAAAAUAUUUCAGUUAUGCGGGA